AUGAGGGGUGAGUACACACACACACACACACAGUCGAGCUCCCGCCGGAGCGACGAGGAGGAGCUCCGCGCCGCCAUCGAGCUCUCCGUCAUGAGGGCGUACUCGUCGUUCGGCUGCCGCGCGCGCUCCGGCCCCUCGGGCGCCCCCGCGCCCAGCGCCCCCGCGCCCCCCGCGCCCGCCGCCGACCCCGCCGCGCACCUGUCCGCGCCGCGCCACGACCCGGACCGCUCCGCCGCGAGGGACAGGGACCGUGAGUACACACACCCCGCGCCCCGCGCGCGCGCCUCCCCCUCCCCCUCCAACAGCGCGCACCUGUCCGCGCCGCGCCACGACCCGGACCGCUCCGCCGCGAGGGACAGGGACCGUGAGUACACACACCCCGCGCCCCGCGCGCGCGCCUCCCCCUCCCCCUCCAACAGCGCGCACCUGUCCGCGCCGCGCCACGACCCGGACCGCUCCGCCGCGAGGGACAGGGACCGUGAGUACACACACCCCGCGCCCCGCGCGCGCGCCUCCCCCUCCCCCUCCAACAGCGCGCACCUGUCCGCGCCGCGCCACGACCCGGACCGCUCCGCCGCGAGGGACAGGGACCGUGAGUACACACACCCCGCGCCCCGCGCGCGCGCCUCCCCCUCCCCCUCCAACAGCGCGCACCUGUCCGCGCCGCGCCACGACCCGGACCGCUCCGCCGCGAGGGACAGGGACCGUGAGUACACACACCCCGCGCCCCGCGCGCGCGCCUCCCCCUCCCCCUCCAACAGCGCGCACCUGUCCGCGCCGCGCCACGACCCGGACCGCUCCGCCGCGAGGGACAGGGACCGUGAGUACACACACCCCGCGCCCCGCGCGCGCGCCUCCCCCUCCCCCUCCAACAGCGCGCACCUGUCCGCGCCGCGCCACGACCCGGACCGCUCCGCCGCGAGGGACAGGGACCGUGAGUACACACACCCCGCGCCCCGCGCGCGCGCCUCCCCCUCCCCCUCCAACAGCGCGCACCUGUCCGCGCCGCGCCACGACCCGGACCGCUCCGCCGCGAGGGACAGGGACCGUGAGUACACACACCCCGCGCCCCGCGCGCGCGCCUCCCCCUCCCCCUCCAACAGCGCGCACCUGUCCGCGCCGCGCCACGACCCGGACCGCUCCGCCGCGAGGGACAGGGACCGUGAGUACACACACCCCGCGCCCCGCGCGCGCGCCUCCCCCUCCCCCUCCAACAGCGCGCACCUGUCCGCGCCGCGCCACGACCCGGACCGCUCCGCCGCGAGGGACAGGGACCGUGAGUACACACACCCCGCGCCCCGCGCGCGCGCCUCCCCCUCCCCCUCCAACAGCGCGCACCUGUCCGCGCCGCGCCACGACCCGGACCGCUCCGCCGCGAGGGACAGGGACCGUGAGUACACACACCCCGCGCCCCGCGCGCGCGCCUCCCCCUCCCCCUCCAACAGCGCGCACCUGUCCGCGCCGCGCCACGACCCGGACCGCUCCGCCGCGAGGGACAGGGACCGUGAGUACACACACCCCGCGCCCCGCGCGCGCGCCUCCCCCUCCCCCUCCAACAGCGCGCACCUGUCCGCGCCGCGCCACGACCCGGACCGCUCCGCCGCGAGGGACAGGGACCGUGAGUACACACACCCCGCGCCCCGCGCGCGCGCCUCCCCCUCCCCCUCCAACAGCGCGCACCUGUCCGCGCCGCGCCACGACCCGGACCGCUCCGCCGCGAGGGACAGGGACCGUGAGUACACACACCCCGCGCCCCGCGCGCGCGCCUCCCCCUCCCCCUCCAACAGCGCGCACCUGUCCGCGCCGCGCCACGACCCGGACCGCUCCGCCGCGAGGGACAGGGACCGUGAGUACACACACCCCGCGCCCCGCGCGCGCGCCUCCCCCUCCCCCUCCAACAGCGCGCACCUGUCCGCGCCGCGCCACGACCCGGACCGCUCCGCCGCGAGGGACAGGGACCGUGAGUACACACACCCCGCGCCCCGCGCGCGCGCCUCCCCCUCCCCCUCCAACAGCGCGCACCUGUCCGCGCCGCGCCACGACCCGGACCGCUCCGCCGCGAGGGACAGGGACCGUGAGUACACACACCCCGCGCCCCGCGCGCGCGCCUCCCCCUCCCCCUCCAACAGCGCGCACCUGUCCGCGCCGCGCCACGACCCGGACCGCUCCGCCGCGAGGGACAGGGACCGUGAGUACACACACCCCGCGCCCCGCGCGCGCGCCUCCCCCUCCCCCUCCAACAGCGCGCACCUGUCCGCGCCGCGCCACGACCCGGACCGCUCCGCCGCGAGGGACAGGGACCGUGAGUACACACACCCCGCGCCCCGCGCGCGCGCCUCCCCCUCCCCCUCCAACAGCGCGCACCUGUCCGCGCCGCGCCACGACCCGGACCGCUCCGCCGCGAGGGACAGGGACCGUGAGUACACACACCCCGCGCCCCGCGCGCGCGCCUCCCCCUCCCCCUCCAACAGCGCGCACCUGUCCGCGCCGCGCCACGACCCGGACCGCUCCGCCGCGAGGGACAGGGACCGUGAGUACACACACCCCGCGCCCCGCGCGCGCGCCUCCCCCUCCCCCUCCAACAGCGCGCACCUGUCCGCGCCGCGCCACGACCCGGACCGCUCCGCCGCGAGGGACAGGGACCGUGAGUACACACACCCCGCGCCCCGCGCGCGCGCCUCCCCCUCCCCCUCCAACAGCGCGCACCUGUCCGCGCCGCGCCACGACCCGGACCGCUCCGCCGCGAGGGACAGGGACCGUGAGUACACACACCCCGCGCCCCGCGCGCGCGCCUCCCCCUCCCCCUCCAACAGCGCGCACCUGUCCGCGCCGCGCCACGACCCGGACCGCUCCGCCGCGAGGGACAGGGACCGUGAGUACACACACCCCGCGCCCCGCGCGCGCGCCUCCCCCUCCCCCUCCAACAGCGCGCACCUGUCCGCGCCGCGCCACGACCCGGACCGCUCCGCCGCGAGGGACAGGGACCGUGAGUACACACACCCCGCGCCCCGCGCGCGCGCCUCCCCCUCCCCCUCCAACAGCGCGCACCUGUCCGCGCCGCGCCACGACCCGGACCGCUCCGCCGCGAGGGACAGGGACCGUGAGUACACACACCCCGCGCCCCGCGCGCGCGCCUCCCCCUCCCCCUCCAACAGCGCGCACCUGUCCGCGCCGCGCCACGACCCGGACCGCUCCGCCGCGAGGGACAGGGACCGUGAGUACACACACCCCGCGCCCCGCGCGCGCGCCUCCCCCUCCCCCUCCAACAGCGCGCACCUGUCCGCGCCGCGCCACGACCCGGACCGCUCCGCCGCGAGGGACAGGGACCGUGAGUACACACACCCCGCGCCCCGCGCGCGCGCCUCCCCCUCCCCCUCCAACAGCGCGCACCUGUCCGCGCCGCGCCACGACCCGGACCGCUCCGCCGCGAGGGACAGGGACCGUGAGUACACACACCCCGCGCCCCGCGCGCGCGCCUCCCCCUCCCCCUCCAACAGCGCGCACCUGUCCGCGCCGCGCCACGACCCGGACCGCUCCGCCGCGAGGGACAGGGACCGUGAGUACACACACCCCGCGCCCCGCGCGCGCGCCUCCCCCUCCCCCUCCAACAGCGCGCACCUGUCCGCGCCGCGCCACGACCCGGACCGCUCCGCCGCGAGGGACAGGGACCGUGAGUACACACACCCCGCGCCCCGCGCGCGCGCCUCCCCCUCCCCCUCCAACAGCGCGCACCUGUCCGCGCCGCGCCACGACCCGGACCGCUCCGCCGCGAGGGACAGGGACCGUGAGUACACACACCCCGCGCCCCGCGCGCGCGCCUCCCCCUCCCCCUCCAACAGCGCGCACCUGUCCGCGCCGCGCCACGACCCGGACCGCUCCGCCGCGAGGGACAGGGACCGUGAGUACACACACCCCGCGCCCCGCGCGCGCGCCUCCCCCUCCCCCUCCAACAGCGCGCACCUGUCCGCGCCGCGCCACGACCCGGACCGCUCCGCCGCGAGGGACAGGGACCGUGAGUACACACACCCCGCGCCCCGCGCGCGCGCCUCCCCCUCCCCCUCCAACAGCGCGCACCUGUCCGCGCCGCGCCACGACCCGGACCGCUCCGCCGCGAGGGACAGGGACCGUGAGUACACACACCCCGCGCCCCGCGCGCGCGCCUCCCCCUCCCCCUCCAACAGCGCGCACCUGUCCGCGCCGCGCCACGACCCGGACCGCUCCGCCGCGAGGGACAGGGACCGUGAGUACACACACCCCGCGCCCCGCGCGCGCGCCUCCCCCUCCCCCUCCAACAGCGCGCACCUGUCCGCGCCGCGCCACGACCCGGACCGCUCCGCCGCGAGGGACAGGGACCGUGAGUACACACACCCCGCGCCCCGCGCGCGCGCCUCCCCCUCCCCCUCCAACAGCGCGCACCUGUCCGCGCCGCGCCACGACCCGGACCGCUCCGCCGCGAGGGACAGGGACCGUGAGUACACACACCCCGCGCCCCGCGCGCGCGCCUCCCCCUCCCCCUCCAACAGCGCGCACCUGUCCGCGCCGCGCCACGACCCGGACCGCUCCGCCGCGAGGGACAGGGACCGUGACGCGCACCUGUCCGCGCCGCGCCACGACCCGGACCGCUCCGCCGCGAGGGACAGGGACCGUGAGUACACACACCCCGCGCCCCGCGCGCGCGCCUCCCCCUCCCCCUCCAACAGCGCGCACCUGUCCGCGCCGCGCCACGACCCGGACCGCUCCGCCGCGAGGGACAGGGACCGUGAGUACACACACCCCGCGCCCCGCGCGCGCGCCUCCCCCUCCCCCUCCAACAGCGCGCACCUGUCCGCGCCGCGCCACGACCCGGACCGCUCCGCCGCGAGGGACAGGGACCGUGAGUACACACACCCCGCGCCCCGCGCGCGCGCCUCCCCCUCCCCCUCCAACAGCGCGCACCUGUCCGCGCCGCGCCACGACCCGGACCGCUCCGCCGCGAGGGACAGGGACCGUGAGUACACACACCCCGCGCCCCGCGCGCACGCCUCCCCCUCCCCCUCCAACAGCGCGCACCUGUCCGCGCCGCGCCACGACCCGGACCGCUCCGCCGCGAGGGACAGGGACCGUGAGUACACACACCCCGCGCCCCGCGCGCGCGCCUCCCCCUCCCCCUCCAACAGCGCGCACCUGUCCGCGCCGCGCCACGACCCGGACCGCUCCGCCGCGAGGGACAGGGACCGUGAGUACACACACCCCGCGCCCCGCGCGCGCGCCUCCCCCUCCCCCUCCAACAGCGCGCACCUGUCCGCGCCGCGCCACGACCCGGACCGCUCCGCCGCGAGGGACAGGGACCGUGAGUACACACACCCCGCGCCCCGCGUGCACGCCUCCCCCUCCCCCUCCAACAGCGCGCACCUGUCCGCGCCGCGCCACGACCCGGACCGCUCCGCCGCGAGGGACAGGGACCGUGAGUACACACACCCCGCGCCCCGCGCGCGCGCCUCCCCCUCCCCCUCCAACAGCGCGCACCUGUCCGCGCCGCGCCACGACCCGGACCGCUCCGCCGCGAGGGACAGGGACCGUGACGCGCACCUGUCCGCGCCGCGCCACGACCCGGACCGCUCCGCCGCGAGGGACAGGGACCGUGAGUACACACACCCCGCGCCCCGCGCGCGCGCCUCCCCCUCCCCCUCCAACAGCGCGCACCUGUCCGCGCCGCGCCACGACCCGGACCGCUCCGCCGCGAGGGACAGGGACCGUGAGUACACACACCCCGCGCCCCGCGCGCGCGCCUCCCCCUCCCCCUCCAACAGCGCGCACCUGUCCGCGCCGCGCCACGACCCGGACCGCUCCGCCGCGAGGGACAGGGACCGUGAGUACACACACCCCGCGCCCCGCGCGCGCGCCUCCCCCUCCCCCUCCAACAGCGCGCACCUGUCCGCGCCGCGCCACGACCCGGACCGCUCCGCCGCGAGGGACAGGGACCGUGAGUACACACACCCCGCGCCCCGCGCGCGCGCCUCCCCCUCCCCCUCCAACAGCGCGCACCUGUCCGCGCCGCGCCACGACCCGGACCGCUCCGCCGCGAGGGACAGGGACCGUGACGCGCACCUGUCCGCGCCGCGCCACGACCCGGACCGCUCCGCCGCGAGGGACAGGGACCGUGAGUACACACACCCCGCGCCCCGCGCGCGCGCCUCCCCCUCCCCCUCCAACAGCGCGCACCUGUCCGCGCCGCGCCACGACCCGGACCGCUCCGCCGCGAGGGACAGGGACCCUCGGUGCUCGCCGGCGGCGCUGGGACCGGGCCUGGGCGCGCGCACGCCGUCGCCGCGCCGCGCGCGCCCGCUGCCCCGCGCUCCGCCGCAGCACCAGCCCCCGCACCAGCACCAGCACCCGAGCCACUCCGCGCACCAGACGCACGACUACAGGUACCGACUUACAAUAUUCAACUCUUACUAG